AUGUACACCACCACCAAUAACAGCAACAGCGGUCUGCAGCAACCCGUGGCCGGCGGGGGCCACGCGAACCAAUCGAAGGGCCGCCCGAAGUCGGCCCACGGCAAGUCUCCGAGGUCCGAGUACACGGUCCCCACCGAUCCACCCGUCUCGCCCGGAGAUGGCAGUGCGAUCGCUCCUUACUACGGCGGCAAGGGCCGCGCGGCGAGCCGCAAGCUGAGCUGCGACCUUCCGUCGCCCGACCUUCAGCAGCCCGCGCAGCAUCAGAAGAAGCACACCAAAAGCAAAUCACAGUCCCAGAUGCUCCUGCUCCUUCAAACAUCGACCACAGCUGGCCCCAACGGCGCCCCCGGCACCACCAUCAUCCCCGGUGGCACGCUGGCGUCGUCGGCCUCGUUGCACCGCUCGGCCACGACGCCACCGGCCGACGGUGGCGAAGACCACCGGCUACCGGCCUCGCGUGACAGUUUCCCGGGCACUAGCCCGCCCCCCUUACCGCCGCUCCCUCUGCAGCCCGCGAAUGGUGGAAAGCAGCUUCCGCCGGCGGCAUCCCCAUCGGCGUCGAUCGGGCGCACCCGGCAUCCGGCCCCGGGUGGCAAUGCAAAUAAAUCACACCCCGCGCACCACCUCCAGCAAACUCCGCUGCCACCGACACCCGGACCGGCACCGACACAGCAACAACAACAACAGCCACAACAACAGUACACUAAAAAGCACACCCCGAAACAUCAGCAACAGUCGCCGGUGAAUAAUGGACCGACCGGUGUGGGACAGGGCGGUAAAACGAGCCGAACCAGUUAG